AUGCCGGAGCUCGUCAAUGGUAGCGGUAGCUCCUAUGCUGCUCAGCACAACAUUCCUUCACAUUUUAUCGGUGGCAAUAGCUUAAAUGCAGCGCCACCAGGUGCCGUGAGGGACUUUGUUUCGCAGCAUGACGGCCAUUCAGUUAUUACUUCGGUUUUAAUUGCCAACAAUGGUAUUGCUGCUGUCAAAGAAAUCAGAUCAGUCCGUAAAUGGGCCUACGACACAUUUGGUGAUGAGCGCGCUAUCCAGUUCACAGUCAUGGCCACGCCGGAAGAUCUCCAGGCAAAUGCGGACUAUAUCCGCAUGGCUGACCGAUACGUUGAGGUUCCCGGUGGUACCAACAAUAACAAUUUUGCGAACGUUGAGCUUAUCGUUGACGUUGCCGAGAGAAUGGGUGUACAUGCUGUUUGGGCUGGAUGGGGUCAUGCCUCCGAAAACCCAAAGCUUCCCGAGUCUUUAGCCGCCUCCCCUAAAAAGAUUAUCUUCAUUGGCCCCCCUGGUUCGGCUAUGCGAUCUCUUGGUGAUAAAAUCUCGUCAACCAUCGUUGCGCAACACGCAGGAGUACCUUGCAUACCCUGGUCAGGUACCGGCGUCGAAGAAGUAAAGAUUGACAACAAUGGCAUCGUAACCGUUGAAGAUCAUGUCUAUGAUCUUGGAUGCACACAUUCUCCUAAGGAAGGCUUAGAGAAAGCCAAAGCUAUUGGGUUUCCGGUCAUGGUAAAGGCGUCUGAGGGUGGUGGUGGAAAGGGCAUUCGCAAAGUCGAAAGGGAAGAAGAUUUUGUGGAUCUUUACAAUGCUGCCGCCAGCGAGAUUCCUGGCUCUCCGAUUUUUAUCAUGAAAUUGGCAGGAAACGCUAGACAUCUGGAAGUCCAACUGUUGGCCGACCAGUACGGCAAUAAUAUUUCUCUUUUCGGUCGAGACUGUUCGGUUCAGCGCCGUCACCAAAAGAUCAUAGAAGAGGCUCCUGUCACAAUUGCAAAGUCAACCACCUUUCAAGCAAUGGAACGCGCUGCAGUAAGACUCGGGAAACUGGUUGGCUAUGUGUCAACCGGUACUGUCGAGUAUCUGUAUUCCCACGCCGACGACAAAUUUUACUUUCUGGAGUUAAAUCCCCGUCUACAAGUUGAACACCCAACCACUGAAAUGGUCACUGGUGUUAAUCUACCAGCCGCUCAACUUCAAAUUGCCAUGGGCAUUCCGUUGCACCGCAUUCGGGAUAUUCGCCUUCUCUAUGGUGUAGACCCAAACACUAGCUCCGUAAUCGACUUCGAUUUCUCUAACGAAAACAGUAUCAAAGCGCAGCGACGCCCACAGCCAAAAGGCCAUACAACUGCUUGUCGAAUUACUUCAGAAGACCCAGGUGAAGGAUUCAAGCCCUCCAGCGGCACAAUGCACGAACUCAACUUUCGCAGCAGCUCAAAUGUGUGGGGAUAUUUCUCUGUGGGUACGUCUGGUGGAAUCCAUAACUUUUCUGAUUCUCAAUUUGGCCAUAUCUUUGCUUAUGGAGAAAACCGAUCCGCGUCUCGGAAACACAUGGUCAUGGCUUUGAAAGAGCUUAGCAUCCGAGGUGACUUCCGUACCACAGUUGAAUAUUUAAUCAAGCUUCUAGAGACACCCGCCUUUGAAGAUAACACCAUUACUACAGGCUGGCUUGAUGAACUUAUAACCAAAAAAUUAACAGCGGAACGCCCCGAUCCUGUCGUGGCCGUGAUUUGUGGGGCUGUGACUCGUGCACACGUUGCUAGUGAAUCAUGCAUUGCGGAAUACAAAAAAGGCAUUGAGAAGGGCCAGGUUCCUUCGAAAGACGUCCUGAAAACAGUGUUUACCAUCGAUUUUAUUUAUGAAGACACACGGUACAAAUUCACGGCCACUAGGGCUAGCACGGACAGCUACCACCUAUUCAUUAAUGGCUCAAAAUGCCUUGUGGGUGUACGUGCUUUAGCUGACGGUGGCCUGCUUGUGCUAUUAAACGGCCGGAGUCAUAACGUCUACUGGAAAGACGAGGCUGCUGCGACACGGUUGAGUGUUGAUGGAAAGACCUGUCUUCUUGAACAAGAGAACGAUCCGACUCAGCUUCGAACACCCAGCCCAGGUAAACUUGUUCAUUAUACCGUUGAAAAUGGAGAACAUGUUAAAGCUGGCCAGGUCUUUGCUGGCAUUGAAGUCAUGAAGUUAUACAUGCCUCUAGUUGCUCAAGAAGAUGGUCUUGUUCAGUUCAUCAAACAGCCCGGAGCGACGCUACAAGCUGGUGAUAUUCUCGGCAUUCUUACCCUUGAUGAUCCGUCUAGAGUCAAACAUGCACAGCCAUUCCUUGGGCAAUUACCCGCAAUGGGCAUGCCACAGGUCGUAGGUAAAAAACCCCCGCAGCGAUUCAGAUUACUCCAUAACAUUUUACAUGACAUUCUACUCGGAUUUGAUAAUCAAGUGAUUAUGUCUACCACUCUUUCAGACCUCGUAGAAGUGUUACGGGAACCUGAUUUGCCAUAUGGAGAGUGGAAUGCUCAUGUUUCGGCCCUCCAUUCUCGCAUGCCUCAGAAGCUCGAUGCGCAAUUCACGCAAGUCAUUGAGAAAUCUAAAAUUCGCAAGCUCGACUUCCCGGCUGCUCAAUUAAUGAAAACGUUCACGCGUUUCCUGGACGAUAAUGUUGCCCCAGGCGACGUUGAGACACUCAAGACAACCCUUGCUCCUUUGGUUCAAGUCAUUCAAGAUUAUAAUGAAGGACUAAGAGUCCAUGAGUACAAUGUGAUUGCUAGUUUGUUGGAGCAAUACUGGAAUGUGGAACAUUUAUUCGCCCAGCGAAAUACUCGGGAUGAAGAUGUCAUUCUGGGUCUUCGAGAGGAGCAUAAGGAUGAUAUCACCAAUGUCAUUCAAACAGUCCUCUCCCACAGCAAAGUCGGCGGCAAAAACAACCUUGUGCUGGCAAUUCUUGAAACCUAUCGGCCUAACAAGCCAACCACUCCUGGUGUUGGUAAGUAUCUGAAGCCUAUACUAAAGAAACUUGCGGAGCUUGAAUCAAGAGCUUGUUCCAAGGUUGCCCUUAAAGCGCGUGAGCUGCUCAUUCAGUGCGCAUUGCCGUCUCUGGAAGAGCGUAUGGCUCAAAUGGAGCAUAUCCUUCGAUCUUCCGUUGUCCAAUCGAAAUACGGAGAGACUGGCUGGGACCAUCGGGAGCCAGAUCUAGAUGUGCUGAAGGAGGUGGUUGACUCCAAGUAUACUGUUUUUGACGUACUUCCUCUGUUCUUUGGACAUCAGGACCAGUGGGUAUCAUUGGCCGCCUUGGAAGUUUAUGUCCGACGGGCUUAUCGUGCCUACGACCUCCAAGGUAUUCAAUACCAUAACGACCAGGAAUCCCCUUUCUUUGUUUCCUGGGAUUUCAUUCUCCGCAAGGUUCCCCAGGCAGAGUUUGGUAUGAAUACUGCCUCAACCAAUCCCUCCAUUCCAAGCACACCCACUACUGAAAACAAUCCAUUCAGAAAGAUUGGUUCCAUUAGCGACAUGACAUAUCUAGUCAACAGGACGGAAAAUGAGCCAUCACGAAAGGGUGUGCUAAUUCCUGCGCAGUACUUUGAAGAAAUUGACGAGAUGCUUUCUCGCGCGUUGGAGGUAUUCCCACGUGUUGAUUCUACACACAGAUCUAGCUCCAACAAUGCUCUUGAUUUGGCGGCCAAGCGCAAACCUCAACCUCAACCACGAAUAGAGAAUGAUGAUCUUAUUGGUGUUUGCAAUAUCGCUGUUCGCGAUAUGGAGGGACUUGAUGAUAAAGAGGUUGUUUCGCGUCUUAGUAAGAUCAUGUCCGGGUUUCAAGAAGAAUUGCGCUGUCGGCGUGUUCGAAGAGUCACAUUUGUUUGCGGCCAUGGAGAUGGAACAUACCCCGGAUAUUUCACAUUCAGAGGCCCAACAUAUGACGAGGAUGAGAGCAUUCGUCACAGUGAGCCAGCGCUUGCCUUCCAGCUGGAGCUUGGACGCCUAUCUAAAUUCAACAUUAGCCCUGUUUUCACAGAGAAUAGGAAUAUUCAUGUUUAUGAAGCUAUUGGAAAGGGUCCUGCCAAAGAAGCUGCCGCUGAUAAACGCUAUUUUACUCGCGCUGUCGUUCGUCCAGGACGUCUGCGUGAUGAUAUACCGACCGCCGAGUACUUGAUCUCUGAAGCUGACAACCUCAUGAAUGAUAUCCUUGAUGCAUUGGAAAUCAUUGGAAACAACAAUUCCGAUUUAAACCACAUUUUCAUCAACUUCACUCCUGUUUUCCAGCUCCAGCCAUCGGACGUGGAGCAAGCUCUUGCGGGCUUCCUAGAGCGAUUCGGUCGAAGACUGUGGCGUCUACGUGUAACCGGCGCUGAAAUUCGAAUUCUCUGCACUGAUCCUUCCACCAGCCUAGCAUUUCCUCUCCGUGUCGUCAUCACCAAUACGUCAGGGUACAUUAUCCAAGUCGAAAUGUACGUUGAGAGGAAAUCUGAGAAGGGCGAAUGGGUGUUUCAUAGUAUUGGCGGGACGACCAAGAUUGGAUCCAUGCACCUUCGUCCAGUAACCACACCAUACCCAACAAAGGAAUGGCUGCAGCCAAAACGUUACAAGGCUCAUCUAAUGGGAACCCAAUAUGUAUAUGAUUUCCCCGAGCUCUUCAGACAAGCUUUCCAGAAUGCUUGGGCAGAUGCAAUUGCUACUCAACCUAGCCUUGCUGAUAAGCGACCUCCUCAUGGAGGGUGCAUUGACUAUAGUGAGCUUGUUCUAGAUGACUCCGAUCACCUGAUUGAGGUAUCGCGGGAACCUGGUACCAAUUCCCAUGGGAUGGUUGGAUGGGUUGUCACUGCGAGAACUCCCGAAUAUCCUCGUGGUAGACGUUUUAUUGUUAUUUCAAAUGAUAUUACAUAUCAGAUUGGUUCAUUCGGACCACAGGAAGAUAAAUUCUUCAACAAGUGCACUGAGCUUGCAAGAAAGUUAGGUAUUCCACGAAUUUAUUUGUCCGCUAACUCUGGUGCUCGUAUUGGGAUGGCGGAAGAAUUAAUGCCGCUCUUCUCUGUUGCCUGGAACAACCCUGAAAAACCAGAGGCUGGUUUCAAGUACCUCUACUUAACCCCCGAUGUGAAGAAGCAACUCGACGACAGGAAGGCACAGGACGUUAUUACAGAGCUCGUUCACGAAGAUGGUGAAGAGAGAUACAAAAUUACUACGAUCAUUGGUGCCAAGGAUGGCUUAGGUGUCGAGUGCUUAAGAGGCUCUGGUCUUAUUGCUGGAGCCACAUCGAAGGCCUAUGAAGAUAUUUUCACCAUUACACUAGUUACUUGCCGCUCUGUUGGAAUUGGUGCUUAUCUCGUCCGUCUUGGUCACCGUGCUAUUCAAGUUGAAGGGCAGCCCAUCAUUCUGACAGGUGCACCUGCAAUCAACAAGCUUCUUGGCCGUGAGGUUUAUACUUCUAACUUGCAACUUGGUGGAACUCAGAUUAUGUACAAGAAUGGUGUUUCUCAUAUGACUGCCAAUGACGACUUUGAGGGCGUGCAAAAAAUUGUCCAAUGGAUGUCUUUCAUCCCGGAUCGCAAAGCCUCACCAAUUCCUAUUCGGCCAAGCUCUGACCCAUGGGACCGUGAUAUUACCUUUGUUCCUCCUGCUAAGCAGACAUAUGAUGUAAGAUGGCUUAUUCACGGUAAAGAAGAUGAAGAAGGCUUCCUUUCGGGUCUCUUUGACAAUGGUUCAUUCCAAGAGACACUUGGAGGCUGGGCAAGAACGGUCGUUGUCGGACGUGCGCGACUUGGGGGUAUCCCUAUGGGUGUCAUUGCAGUAGAGUCCCGCUCAGUGGAUAAUGUCACCCCUGCCGACCCUGCAAACCCAGAUUCCAUGGAAAUGGUCACCACUGAAGCUGGAGGCGUGUGGUAUCCCAACUCGGCCUUCAAGACCGCCCAGGCUCUGAGAGAUUUCAACUUUGGCGAGCAGCUACCAGUGAUGAUAUUGGCUAAUUGGCGAGGAUUCUCUGGUGGGCAACGAGACAUGUACAAUGAGGUCCUCAAGUAUGGUUCUUAUAUUGUCGACGCCCUUGUAAAGUAUGAACAGCCGAUCUUCGUGUAUAUCCCACCGUUUGGCGAGCUCCGAGGUGGUUCCUGGGUUGUUAUUGACCCGACAAUUAACCCUGAUCAAAUGGAGAUGUAUGCAGACGUUGAAUCACGUGGCGGUGUUCUUGAGCCAGAAGGUAUUGUUGGCAUCAAGUAUCGUCGCGAGAAGCAACUGGACACUAUGGCUCGUCUUGACUCAGUAUAUGGUGAUCUCCGAAGAUCCCUCCAAGACUCAUCUCUCAGUGCGGAGAAGAUGUCCGAGAUCAAAGACCAGAUGACCCAACGAGAAACCCAACUUCUUCCAGUCUACCUUCAGAUUGCGCUCCAAUUCGCUGAUCUUCACGAUCGGGCUGGCCGAAUGGAAGCAAAAGGCACAAUUCGCAAACCUCUCCAAUGGAAAAAUGCGCGACGAUUCUUCUACUGGCGACUCCGUCGCCGUCUUAGUGAAGAGCUUAUUCUCAAGCGCAUGCUUGCUGUUGGUGCAGAGGACGAAACUGUUCCGGACACAUCGAGAAGCCCAUCGCCUACUUCCACCAGUGUGCAGGAUAAUCCCUCCAUCCGCGAGAAGAAUAUCCUCACUCUCAAGUCAUGGACAGGGUUUUUAGAUAGAGACUUCGAAGACAAUGACCGGAAAGUUGCUCUGUGGUAUGAAGAAAAUAAGAAGGUGCUUUAUGACAAAGUUGAGGUAAUGAAGACGAAUGGAAUUGCAAUGCAGGUUACGCAGCUGUUGAUGAGUGAUAAAGAAGGAGGGUUGAAAGGUGUGCACCAGGUCUUGAGUAUGCUUCCAGUUGAAGAAAAGGAAGCAGUGUUGAAGUAUUUGAGCAGUUCUUAG